UAAUAAAGGCGAGAGAUGAUAGCAUCGGUGAAAAUUCGAAAAGAUCCUAUAGUUUUGCUGCAGGCUGAACCGGAAGUUCUGUUCACGCACAUUGCUGUCGUUCUUUUUCUCUAUCCGCCAUUUCUCGGUGUAACACCACAUAAAUCCAAAAUGCAGCUGUUUGUAAAGGCUAAUGAGACUCAUACCCUCAGUCUGACGGGGAAUGAAACUAUUCAUGAUAUCAAGAACAUGCUUUUCAAUUUGGGUGGAUUUGAUAUCAAUGAGCAAGUUUUAACAUUCAAUGGCUCCCCACUUGCCAAUGACUUCUCUGUUGGGUCAUUGCAAGAUAUGAACACUCUUCACUUGGAUAUGAGAAUGCUUGGAGGCAAAGUCCAUGGUUCUUUGGCUCGAGCUGGCAAAGUGAAGGGACAAACCCCUAAAGUAGAGAAGCAAGAAAAGAAGAAACAGAAGACUGGUCGUGCUAAGCGACGCAUGCAAUACAACAGGAGAUUUGUCAAUGUGGUUGCUGGUUUCGGACGAAGGAAAGGACCAAAUGCCAAUUCCUAGUGUUCUGAAAAUGUAAAUUACUAAACUUGUAAUAAAAUAAUUAAGACAUAA